GUUUGCUAGCAUUCGGAUGGAGCAGGUCUGGCAGCAGAAGGAGCAGGUUAGAUUAUUGAUUACCUGCUGCAGCAAACAGUUGCGCCAAGAUGGUUUUUUAUGAGCACAGAUGAAACAGAGGAGGCUCUGACGAGCACUAUUAUGAUUGUUUUCUUACGAUGUGGACUUAACUGAUGUUACAGUAUGCAAAAUCCACCCAUGAGGAAAAGAGCCCACUUGUGGUAAUGUUAGAGGAAUAACAACUGGAGACGACCUGCUGCACUCUGCUGCUCUGCAAGACAAACAUCAUUAAAGCCAAGCAGCAAGAAAAGAAGGGGUUCUUCAUGACAAAAUGACAGCAAGAGAACACAGUCCCCGCCAUGGUGCAAAGUCCCGCACCGUGCAAAGGGCCUCCACCAUCGAUGUCACCUCUGAUAUGCUGGGCCUUUCUCUCACAGGAAACGUUCAGGAUCCAGAUGAGCCAAUUUUAGAGUUCAGUUUAGCUUGCAGUGAGCUGCUAACUCCAUCGCUAGAUCGAAAGCCAAAUAGUUUUGUAGCAGUGAGUGUAACUACACCUCCUCAGGCAUUCUGGACAAAGCAUGCACAGACAGAAAUUAUUGAGGGUACAAGUAAUCCUAUCUUUCUAAGCAGUAUUGCCUUUUUCCAAGACUCUCUUAUCAAUCAGAUGACACAAAUCAAACUCUCUGUGUAUGAUGUCAAAGACAGAUCUCAGGGAACAAUGUAUUUGUUGGGUUCUGGCACGUUCAUUGUAAAAGAUCUUCUUCAGGAGAGGCACCACAGGUUGCACUUAACACUAAGGUCCACCUCCAAAAAAAUCUCAACGCAGAGUGUUUGUUGCAGGUCGGCUGAAAGUGAUCGUGUAGGUAACAUUACAGUUAUUGGAUGGCAAAUGGAGGAGAAAACUGAUGAAAGGCCUCCAGUGGCAAGGUCACCUGAUACAAUUAAUGGAAGAACUGUGUUGCCAGUUGAUGAAAGUUUAACAGAAUCUUUAGGAAUGAGAUCAAAAUACGCUUCAUUACGGAAAGAUGCACUGCUGAAAUCUGUGUUUGGUGGUGCCAUUUGCCGAAUGUAUCGUUUCCCAACCACUGAUGGAAACCACUUGAGAAUCUUGGAGCAGAUGGCUGAGAGCAUUCUGUCACUGCAUAUCCCUAGGCAAUUUGUGAAGCUUCUUCUAGAGGAAGAUGCAGCAAGGGUUUGUGAGCUGGAAGAAUUGGGAGAAUUGUCUCCUUGUUGGGAAAGCCUUCGUCGACAAAUAGUUACUCAGUACCAAACAAUUAUUUUAACUUACCAGGAAAAUCUAACUGAUUUGCACCAGUAUAAAGGUCCUUCAUUUAAAGCCAGUAGCUUGAAAGCUGAUAAAAAAUUGGAAUUUGUCCCUACAAAUUUACAUAUACAGAGAAUGAGAGUCCAGGAUGAUGGAGGAUCAGAUCAGAACUACGACAUAGUCACCAUAGGAGCACCAGCAGCUCAUUGUCAAGGCUUUAAAUCAGGUGGCUUGCGGAAAAAACUGCAUAAAUUUGAAGAGGCAAAGAAACACAGUUAUGAAGAGUGUUGCACUUCAACAAGUUCCCAGUCCAUAAUAUACAUCCCACAGGACAUCAUUAGAGCAAAGGAAAUUAUUGCACAAAUCAACACUCUGAAAACGCAAGUCAGUUACUAUGCAGAAAGGCUCUCAAGAGCUGCCAAGGAUAGAUCAGCUAAUGGUCUUGAAAGAACACUUGCCAUCCUAGCAGACAAGACCCGACAACUUGUCACAGUCUGUGACUGCAAGCUGUUGGCAAAUUCAAUACACGGACUGAAUGCUGCAAGGCCAGACUAUAUAGCUUCAAAAGCAUCUCCGACCGCUGGAGAAGGGGAGCAAGUGAUGCUGAGAAACGAUCAAGAUACGCUUGUGGCCAGAUGGACAGGAAGAAAUAGCAGGUCUUCUCUGCAGGUGGAUUGGCAUGAAGAAGAAUGGGAGAAAGUUUGGCUGAAUGUUGACAAAAGCCUGGAGUGUAUUAUACAGAGAGUGGACAAACUUCUCCAGAAGGAGCGCCUUCAAAGUGACAGCUGUGAAGAUGUUUUCCAGUGUGACACCAGCAGUACUAGUAAGAAAGAUUGCAGCCCUCCUCCGGAAGAAUCUGCCCCAGGUGAAUGGAGUGAAGCUCUUUAUCCCUUGCUGACAACGCUCACAGACUGUGUAGCCAUGAUGAGUGACAAGGCAAAGAAAGCCAUGGUCUUUUUAUUAAUGCAGGACAGUGCUCCAACAAUAGGACUCUGCCUCAGUCUUCAGUAUCGCAGGGAUGUUGUCUUCUGCCAAACUCUGACAGCUCUCAUUUGUGGUUUCAUUAUCAAGCUGAGGAACUGCUUGCAUGAUGAUGGAUUUCUAAGGCAACUCUACACCAUUGGCUUACUGGCACAGUUUGAGAGCCUGCUGAGCACUUACGGGGAGGAGCUGGCAAUGCUGGAGGACAUGAGCUUGGGAAUCAUGGACUUGAGGAAUGUAACCUUUAAAGUAACUCAGGCCACAUCAAAUACAUCUACUGACAUGCUGCCAGUCAUCACUGGAAAUCGUGACGGAUUUAAUGUGAGGAUCCCUUUGCCAAGCGCCUUGUUUGAUUUGCUGCCACGAGAGAUUCAAAGUGGCAUGUUACUGAGAGUUCAGCCUGUUCUUUUCAAUGUGGGAAUCAAUGAGCAGCAAACCCUUGCAGAGAAGUUUGGAGACACCUCACUGCAAGAAAUAAUUAACAUGGAAAGCUUAGUGCGGUUGAAUUCAUAUUUUGAGCAGUUCAAAGAAGUUUUGCCUGAUGAUUGUCUACCUCGAUCUCGUAGUCAGACGUGCCUGCCUGAACUGUUAAGAUUUCUGGGACAAAAUGUACAUGCAAGGAAAAAUAAGAAUGUUGAUAUCCUUUGGCAAGCUGCUGAGGUAUGCCGCAGACUAAAUGGUGUUCGAUUUACAAGCUGUAAGAGUGCCAAGGAUAGGACUGCCAUGUCGGUCACACUAGAGCAGUGUUUGAUCCUCCAGCAUGAGCAUGGAAUGGCUCCACAGGUCUUCACCCAGGCUCUGGAGUGUAUGAGGAGCAUUGGAACACGGGAGAUAGUCACCCAGAAGAACUUGAGUGGCUUGGUGCCCAUCCGAGAUUUCAGACUAGAUCCCAGCCUCCUCUACUCUAUUCCUUUAUUGGCUCUCAGCCCCAAUUUACUGAUUGUGUGGCUGUUUCUGAGCAUAGCAUACCUGGUGGCCAGAUUACGUUGCAAGUGAAGAUAAGGUUAAAAAAAUACAGAAAGAAAAAAAGUGCUUGGAUGUGUAUUGCCACUUGGUACCUGCUGAACAAAGGAAUGUGUCAUAGCAUUGUCUGCCAGGAAUUAUUAUUAUGCCUUACAGUUUUACGUCUCUAUUGUACUAAACUGUAAAUAUACAUCAAAUUAUUUUAUCAGAAAGAAUUGUAUUGGAACUUUAAAUUAUUGUUCUGCUUUCAGUGCUUGUAACAUAGUCUGACAUUGGCCUGUUACCUCGUUACUUUAGCCGGCCUGAAGAUCUCUUACCAAGUACAGUUUUGUGUUACUUGUUUCAUGUAUUCCAGAGAAAGGAACUCUGUCUGAAAAGAAUUUGUAUCUUUUUGUAUAUUUAAGCUGUAUGCUAAUCUUGCCUUUCAUUUUUACAAGGUAUGAAGAGAAAAAUAUAAACAUGGGUGGGGUUUAUAAGAAAUUGUAAGACAUUUAUUUAAAGAAGUAAACAAAUUUCUACCUUCAUUCCAAAGCAUAAUAUCCAAAUGACAUUGCUGGGCAAUUUGUAGAACCAUAGUCCUGUUCCUUUCUCAUGGCUAAGUCUGGUCCAUUAAACUAGUGUACCCACAGAAAGAAACAACAACUUGUGGUACACUGCAUGUAGAAUUAUUUGACUCUAUUUGUAGAUCUGCAUUUUGUAAUAUACUGAAGAUAAAGAAGAAUGACUUGUUGUAGGAAGAGGAUGUAAUUGGCAUUAGCUUGCUAAUGAUCCUUAUCUGUUUCAGGUGUGCUGUUACAGAACUUAUUCUGAAACAGGGUCAUUAUCAUCCUACAAGUUAAAGAUGCUGGUCUUUGGUAGUUUAGGCAAGAAGAGGGAGGUAUCAGUUGGCUCCUUGAGUAGGUGCAUUUCAGGUUUUCCACUGGGUUUUGCUUUAAUUACACUAGAAUUAUACUACUACUGUUAUUUUCGUAUUUAAGUGUUCGACAGCUUUAAUAAACUAUAGUCUUGAUAGUGGCUUAGAGAUAAACAAAUGAUGGCAAGUCAACAUUUAAGUGGUGAGACUAAAGCAGCCUACCUAGUUUAUUCUAGCAGAAUAACUGUGGAUGAAGUUCAGCCAUCAUUUAUCUGUGAAAACAAACUGGGAGAGGCCUAUUUAAACUGUUGAUAGAGUGCUCUGGCAGAGCUUGUCAAUAGCAAUAGCUGAUCAAAGAACUUAACCUCGUUUAAUGUAGUUUGCUAAAUUCAUGAAGGGAUUUACUUGGUGCCUGAGAUGACAAAAGACUGGGCUUCUGAGGAGAACUCUUGAAGUACUGUGAUUUCUAUUUUCUACUAUUAUUAACUUGCUCAACAAAUAUAGGUAGCUAUAGCUUUUAUUAUCAACUUUAAUGGAGUUUGAAAGCUUCUGAGACAGGUACGUUUAGAAGAAGAACACAGAAUAAAAAUUAGAAUAAAAUCCUAAAUUUGGUGAAUAUUCUAACUGAAAAAGUAUAGUUAUGUUUGUGUCUUCAUGAGAUCAAACUGUACAGUACACUGUCUCCUGGUAUUUUUCCUCACUGUAACUCAAAUAUUUUUCUUUUUUUAAAAAACCAAGACCCCAGACAACCAAAAACUACCAAGACCUUUAUAUAUUAUAUUUAUAUAUAUAUACACACACAUAUAUAUAUUUAUCUAUGUAUGCUAUUUAUUUUUAGAUGCAAUGAUUUAGGUAAAUCCUUACUGCUGCUGAAAUUUAAAAUCAUGAUAUGAUGGUAUUGGACAUAUCCAUGUCCUAUGUUGACUCCUGUUUCCCUGUACAUAACUCUUCUUUCUGAUUAAUGCUGGUUCCUUUGCUACGGGUACCAAAAUCUCCAUUUUUGCAAAGUGAACAUAUGUCAGGUUGGUCUGUGGCCUUGUUCUUGCCAUAUGAUGAGUGUGUUCAGUUUAACAAGAUGUGAAGGUAACUUUAGUAGGGAUAUCUUCAUAGGGCUGCCUGAGAUUAUUGAUCUGUUUAAGUAUGAAGCAUUUGCUCAUAAUUAGCAUUAGGGUUGCAGUAAGACUGCGUACUGCUUAUGUGCCUCCAAGAGAAGAAACAAGGCACAUGAAAUGGCCUUUAAAAUAAAUUUUUCUCAUCAUCUCUGUGGUUCAAUUCUACCAUAGAGGGACUUGUGCAACAACCAGGUGCAGUGAUACUUAAGCAUGAAAAUGCUUAUCUGGCAUUUCAUGUCUGCUAGUUAAACUUACUGCUUUCUUUAGUACUCUAAACAAUUAUUUGUGAAAAUUUUUGAUGAAUCUAUUUAAUAGAAUCAUAGAAUCAACCAGGUUGGAAGAGACCUCCAAGAUCAUCCAGUCCAACCUAGCAUCCAGCCCCAUCCAGGUAACUAGACCAUGGCACCAAGUGCCUCAUCCAGUCUUUUCUUGAGCACCUCCAGGGAUGGUGACUCCACCACCUCCCUGGGCAGCCCAUUCCAAUGCCAGUCACUCUCUCUGGCAAGAACUUCCUCCUAACAUCCAGCCUGAACCUGCCCUGGCACAGCUUGAGACUGUGUCCCCUUGUUCUGUUGCUGGUUGCCUGGGAGAAGAGACCAACGUCCACCUGUCUACAACCUCCCUUCAGGUAGUUGUAGACAGCAAUGAGGUCUGCCCGGAGUCUGACUGCAACAGCCUUUGGAGAGGUUCUGUAAAACACAAUGACAUAAAAAUAGUAUCAUUACAUAUGAUCCAUUCUAUGAAAGGCAGGCACAGAAUGUGCUCCAGAGACAAAUUUUAAACUCUCUUAAAGCAAAGCCUUGUAGUGUUUUACACAGUCAGACUAGGUGGUGUAUACUGAACACAGUUACAUUCAGAUCAAUUGCUCAAAAUUAGAAGAACAGUGAGGCCGGUAAGAGCAGAGAGCUGUCUAACUCAACCAGAAUCCAGAUCCUCCUUUUGAAUCACACGACCACAGUUCACAUGGUACAUGCUGCAGCCAUCCCCAAGAUGGGAAUAAUGUGGCAUUCCACCAUAAGAUUGUGUACUGUACUCUUUGCCAUGAAGCACUGGUAUUCACUGUUUAGGUUUCAGCUUUCUAUCAGGGAGAGACAUUCUCCUGCAAGCCCAAAUUGAUUUAUAAUAUAUUUAAAAGGUAGUGCUUCCUCUUUGUACAUCUGUUUUUGAAUAUAAUCAAAGGAACUCUGAAGUAGAUUUACAAGUGUAAAGAAGCCUUAUAACUGGAGUUGUUUUUUUAUUGUAGCACAGAAACUUUGUAAUGUGAGGCAGUUGCACCAAAACGUUGGGUAAAAAUUAAAUUCUGCACAGCUUUGUCUCCUCGGGGUUGUGACUGUGAGUGCAGCCAAUCUUUUUUGCACCCAUGCAAAGCUGCUAUUUCAUGAUUAAGAUUAUUUUUAGACUAUGUUGGUUUUCAAGUCACUUUAUGCAUGCAGAGAUAACUGGAAAGUCAUUAUUUUUGUAUCAGCUCUAAUCUUUAAGUAAAUACUGAUAAUACUGACAUACAGGGAACAAUAAAAUCAUAUUAAAGCUCUUACUGGGAGAACAACAGUUUUUCUUUUUCAGCUUAAUAUACUAAUAAAUUAGCAGAACUUCCUGUGAGCAGUCUCUUGGGAUCCCUUGUGCAAUUGAAGUGGCAUGUGAACUCCGCAACAGUGUACCCUGAAAUACAUGAAACCUUUGUGAAAGAACUUUCUCAGAUGAUGCACUGCUGCUUUUUAGAAAUGCAAAACUAGCAAUCAGACAUAGCAUGUGUCCAUUGUGUGUGCUUCUUACUAGCAUUGUAUGAUAAGCCAUCAUCUUUAAUAUUUGCAGCGGCAAAUUAAAGCGCUCAUUAAAUAUAACCAACUUUCUGUUAAUGCUAUAAAAUAAUCAGUUCAUUUCAUCUUAGUUUAAGUCUUUUUUUUUUCCC